AUGGCACCAGACACUCUGAUUCCUGUAGACGCGACACAAUUCUCAACAGAUGCUACUCGAUGGCGACUGCAUGUCAAGGAGGGUGCUCAAGUUUGGGAAUACUUGGACGACGAUAAAUUAAGGACUAGAACGCCUCAAGCUACUUAUGACAAGUAUUGGCUAGGCAUACUAAAGGACAUGCCAACUCUAUCAAAAGCUACAUCUGCUCGAGAUGCAGCUCGCAACGGUUUCAAUUUCGCAAAAGAAUUGCAGACUCCUGAUGGUCAUUGGGCUGGUGAAUAUGGUGGUCCAAUGUUUCUGAUUCCCGGUUUGACUAUUGUCAUGUAUAUUACUGGCACGCCGUAUCCGCCUGGGUAUCAGCAAGAGCUUAUACGCUACUUGUUCAAUCGGGCUAACAAGGAGGAUGGUGGUUGGGGAAUUCACAUUGAAGGAAUCUCGACGGUAUUCGGCACCAGUUUGAACUAUGUAGCUUUGAGACUCUUAGGCGUUGAUGCCAAUCAUCCUGUAUGUGUCAAGGCUCGAGACACUCUACACAAACUGGGCGGCUCAGCUGCUAUCCCAGCUUGGGGCAAGUUUUGGUUGUCUGUUUUGGGAUGCUAUGACUGGGCGGGCAAUAAUCCCGUUCCGCCUGAAUUAUGGAUUCUACCACAAGCGUUACCCUUCCAUCCCGGUAACAUGUGGUGCCAUUCUCGUAUGGUUGCAUUACCAAUGUCGUGGCUGUAUGGUAAACGAUAUGUCGGGCCCAUCACGGAUUUGGUCAAGGAGCUUCGUCAAGAGCUCUAUACUCUGAGAUACGAAACAAUUGAUUGGCCACGUCAGCGGAAUAAUGUUGCUAAAGUGGACUUGUAUCAGGCACAUACUUAUGUCUUUGACUUCCUCAAUGUCUUUUUGGGCAUAUACGAAAAAUUCCCAAUAGAAUCCUUCCGCAAAGCAGGCUUAGACGCAGCCCUCCAUCAAAUUAGAACAGAAGACGAAAACACGCUCUUCCUGGACUUGGGUCCAGUCAACAAGGUCAUGAACAUGCUGAUUACAUUCAUUGAAGAUGGUCCUACAUCGGUAUCGUUUCACAAGCAUGUCGACCGGAUUGCUGAUUUCAUGUGGAUUGGAGGUGAGGGGAUGAUGAUGAAUGGAACUAAUGGGUCGCAGUUGUGGGAUACUGCCUUUAUGAUGCAGGCGCUGGUUGAGUCUGGGUUGGCAGAGUCUGAGCCUGCUUUUAAGGAGCAUGUGCUGAAGGCGUUGGAGUUUUUGGAUGUUACUCAGAUCAAAAAGAGUGCCAAAAACCACAAAUCCUGCUUCCGAUUCCCGGCUGAAGGCUCUUUCCCAUUCAGCACACGAGAUCAAAGCUAUACCGUAUUCGAUUGUACAGCAGAGGGGCUCAAGGCUGCCAUCUACUUGCAAAAGAGGGUCACAUAUGUUCCACAACGUCUCAACGAAGCACGGAUAUUCAAGGCAGCAGAUGUAUUGCUGGCUGGUCAGAAUUAUGAUGGUGGAUUCCCAUCAUAUGAGCCUGCUCGUGCUCAUCCGUGGAUUGAGUGGCUGAAUCCUGCUGAAGUGUUUGGUAAUAUCAUGAUUGACUACAGUUAUCCAGAAUGUACGACUGCUUGUGUCUUGUCGUUAACGACGUUCCGUAAACACUAUCCAAACUAUCGAAGCAAGGAUAUAGAGAAGGUAGUCAAGCGAGCCAUCAAGUACAUCAAAAACGCUCAACGACCAGACGGAUCUUGGUAUGGCUCAUGGGGUGUUUGUUUCACAUAUGCUACGUGGUUUGGUAUUGAAACUUUGGCUUCUGUUGGGGAGUACUAUGAUAACAGCCCUUAUGUGAAGCGAGCGUGUGACUUUUUGAUAUCCAAGCAGCAGAGUGAUGGAGGCUGGGGCGAAAGCUACAAGUCUUGUGAACAAUGCAUCUACAUUCAGCACGAAAAGUCCCAAGUGACCAACACAUCAUGGGCUGUGAUGUCUCUCAUACAAGCACGAUAUCCGUUCGAAGAACCUAUUAGACGUGGUGUACAAGUCAUCAUGUCUCGCCAACAAGCUAAUGGUGAAUGGCUGCAAGAGGGUAUCGAAGGUGCCUUCAACAAGAAUGUGAUGAUAUCAUACCCAAACUACAAAUUCUCAUUCACUAUCUGGGCACUUGGUCGAUACGCUAACGCAUACGGAAAUCCUACAUUGCCGCUACCGAAAGAUGCACCCAUUCCUGUGCGUGUUGAUAAGCAUCCGUAUCCACCCAAGAAAACCGUACGUGACGAUGAUCAAGAGCCUAGUAAGUUGAACAAGAUUAUGGCUGCUUUGUAG